UGAUUUAACUGUUGACUGUUGUUUUUUUUGCUUCUGUCUGAAGAACAGACAGAUUUGUAUGCACUAAUUUAUGUGAUUUCAUAUAUUGGUGAUUUGUUUAUGUUUUAUAGGGAAUAUUUCCUAAAAAAUUCAUUUUCCUCUGAAAUGGUAUGAAUUUAACUAUUCAAUGAAACACUUUUUUAAAAGUUUUUUCAUUACGUUAUGUGCGAAUAUCGUUGUGUCAAAUUUCUUAGUACUAUAUGGAAACAUCAUAGGAGGAGGUUUCUGAUGAAUCUCUAACAAGAGUUAUAAAAUUAUUGAAAUUGACCCUCACAUGGAAGUUGGUCUGCGUGUUGUGAGGGGGCCUGACUGGAAAUGGGGUACUCAAGAUGACGGAGAAGGCCAUGUCGGUACUGUGGUGGAGAUCGGUAAGCCCGGAAGCACCACCUCUCCCGACAAAACGGUGGUCGUGCAAUGGGAUUCAGGCUCUCGCACAAAUUACAGGGUGGGCUACCAAUCGGCCUUUGACUUGCGCAUUCUAGAUAAUGCACCACUAGGGGUGAAACAUCCUAAUAUUAUCUGUGACUCUUGCCGUAAGCAAGGCAUUGCUGGGAUGAGAUGGAAAUGCACUCGCUGCUUUGAUUUUGACCUGUGUACUCAAUGCUACAUGUCUGACAAACAUGAUCUCACUCAUCCUUUUUUGAGACUUGAAACUGCUGCAUCAUCUGGUGUAGAGAUGCCGAAGCGACAAGGUGCUGCACGUCUGCAAAUGAAGGGGAUAUUCGUGAAUGCUAAAGUCGUUAGAGGUCCAGAUUGGGAUUGGGGCAAUCAAGAUGGUGGUGAGGGCAAAACAGGGAAAGUGUUGGACAUCAGAGGUUGGGACAAUGAAUCGGAAAGAAGUGUUGCUAAUGUUACCUGGUCAUCCGGAUCAACAAAUGUUUAUAGGUUAGGCCAUAAAGGAAAGGUUGAUUUAAAAUAUACACAGGAUGCAGUGGCUGGAUAUUACUAUAGAGAUCAUCUUCCUAUACUUGGGCAAGUGGUAGAAGCUGCAAGCACAAAACCUCCUCCCAGUAACCACCCAAGGUUCAACGUGGGUGAUAAAGUCCAAGUUUUAAUGGAUGUCGAAACGCUUAAAAUUAUGCAAGAAGGCCACGGUGGAUGGAAUCCUAGAAUGGCUGAAUUUGUUGGAAAAGUUGGGACAGUUCAUCGUGUGACUGACAAAGGAGAUAUAAGGGUUCAAUAUGAAGGCUGCAACAAUCGAUGGACUUUUCAUCCUGGUGCUCUGAAAAAAAUUCAGCUGUUUUCUCUGGGUGAUAUGGUUCGAAUAAUCGAUGACCUUGCCAAGAUGAAAGAUCUUCAGAAAGGCCACGGGGAAUGGAUUGAGGUUAUGAAAACGGCACUAGGUAAAACUGGUAAAAUCACUAAAAUCUAUUCUGAUGGAGACUUGAGGGUUAAUGUUGAUGGUCAGACCUGGACAUUCAAUCCUUUAUGUGUGACAUCUGUUCCUGGUACUGCUACGGAAAUGAAUAAUACGAUGACAGCAAAUCAGAGAGAAGAACAUACUCAUCCUUUGCUGGGUCACCUACUAGCUGAACCCCACCAAUUAGAUUUAGCAAGCUGUGAUCGUCUCGUUAGAGAAGCAGCCCAGGGUCACACUGAUGUUGUAAGAGACCUGCUGCAAAAAUUCCCCGAUAAAGUGGAUCAGAAAAGUUCAGGAAAGACAGCUCUGCAAGUUGCCAGCCAUCAAGGCCACUUGGAAAUAGUACGCCUGCUCCUUGCAGCUGGCAGUAGCUUAGAAGCCCAGGAUGAUGAUGGGGAUACAGCUUUGCAUUACUCGGCUUUCGGUAAUCAACCCGUUGUGAUGGAUUUACUGCUCAAAAAAGGAUCUGACAUAGAUGCAGUUAAUAAAGCAAGAUGUAGUCCAUUGCAUGUGGCUGUAAACAAGCAGCACUUAGAUUGUGUGAAAGUUCUUCUCAAGCACCACUGCAAUGUUAAUGUUCAGGACUCAUAUGGGGAUUCUGCCUUACAUGAUGCCAUUAGUAAAGAUAAUCUGGAAAUCUUAGAACUUUUAAUAAAUGUUCCUGAAAUAGACUUCACCCUGAAAAACAAAAGAGGUUUCAAUGUUUUACAUCAUGCAGCUUUAAAAGGAAACAAUUUUGCUACUGAGCGAUUAAUAAAUAAAUCCAGACAAAUAGUAGAUGGCAAAAAGGAUGACGGCUUUGCUGCUUUACACUUAGCUGCUUUGAAUGGUCAUUUCAAUGUGGCCGAAACACUGUUAUUUCAGGGUCAUUGUGAAAUUGAUGUGCGAAACAAUCGCAAGCAGACACCCCUGCUUCUUGCUGUGAGUCAGUGCCAUUGUCCCCUGGUAGAACUCUUAGUCUCGUCAGGGGCAGACAUCAACGUGGAGGAUGAAGAUGGAGAUACGGGUCUACAUUUGGCAAUUAUGAGGCACAUACAGACGGGCAAUAUUAAGUAUGAUGGAAAUGUGCCAGAUUCUCCUGCUUUGUCAACUAUUUUGUUACAUAUAGCUAGUUUAAACAUGGAAAUAAACCAUGGACUAGCGAUAGCAUGCUAUCUAAUUCAAGAGGGAACUGAUUUGACUAAAAAGAAUAGAAAAGGGAAAACACCUUUUGAGCUUGUUCAAACUUCAAGUGUUUUAGAUUUGCUGCAGAAGUAUGCUGAAAUGAAAAAGUCACAGGCACAAUCAUUGCCAUCUGCGGAGGGAACAGAAGUGCCACAGCCAGAACUGAGACCACCCGAAACAGAGUGCAUCAUUUGUUCUGAUGCUCCGGGUGUCGUUAUAUUUGAACCUUGCAAGCACCAAGUGGCCUGCGAGGAAUGCUGCAUAAAAAUGAAAAAGUGUGUUCUCUGCAAGGCAGCCAUAUCUAAGAAAACUGCACCAAGUGGCAGAGUCUUGUCUUCUAAAGGUCGUCAAGCCAGUGUUGAAAGACUGAGAUAUUUAGAAAGCAAGAUUCAAGAAAUUGAAGAGGCUCACAGUUGUUCUAUAUGCAUGGAGAGACGGCGAAAUGUGGCAUUUAUGUGUGGACACGGAGCAUGCGUUGCAUGUGCACAAACGUUAAAGAUUUGCCAUAUGUGCCGCAAGCCCAUCACGAAAAAGAUUAAUCUUUAUUAAAUAUCUGCCUUUCACUUUCUCUUUAAUCCCCCUUCUUCUUUAAAGAAAAAAAUAAUAAUAUGAGAAAAACUGAAGUGAUUGUUUGCCUUUUGGAUCCUGUGAUGGUGAUUCGAUUGGCGUGCACAACAUUGACCCACGCCGUCAUGAGGUUUAGUUUUGAUGCUCCUCUUAUGUGAUCAUUGAGUAUUAAAGCACAGCUUAGGAUAUCAUAUCAUUCAUCAUAUAUAUAUAUAUAUAUAAGUUUCAAGGCUGUAUUUAAUUUUUAAUGUUCUCUAGUUCAAUUGUGGAAGUCCUGUUAUAGACAUGCAUCUGCACAUGUUUGUCUUAUCUCUAAUUUUAUUACUUACCACUAGUAAUGACAUAAAUGAUAAAGAUAUAUAUUUUUUAUUAUUUUAAGUUAUUUAUAAUGCAAUUUAUUUAAAUUAAUUAUUUAACACUUGUAUGUAUUAUUUUGUGGACGAAUGAAUUUCACCAUAAUCAUAACUCAUUUGUUUUUCAUGUUCCUGUAAUUUAUGCUGACAAAAUUUUUAAUUAGGUACUGAGUGUUUGAUAAAGACUGUUCUUAAUGUAUAUUUUUAUAAUCCAUAUUAAAGAUAAAAGUGUUUGUACAUGUGAGCCACAAAUUGAUAUUCAAAAGAAAGAAAAAAACACUAUUGAAAUCUUACUAAUCACAACACAAUUAAGGAAAGCAGCUAUGCUGAAUAUCAAAACCUGCUUGACUGCGGGGUGAAACUCGAAAGUAUUUCUAAAUAUUAUUUUUCAAACUCCUUCUGUUUCCUCCGGCAAACAAACAGGUUUUUGGUAUUUUGUACACUUGCUUUCCUCAGCUGUGAUUCAUUAGAUUUCAAUAGCAUAUCUAUUUAUUCCUUGCUUAAAUUUUAAUUAGGAACCUCAAUGUGUGAUUACUUUUUAGGUUAUUGAAAUAUAUAUUAAGGGUAGUCUUUAAGGAACCUUUUUAUUGUCUAAAUCAUUUUCAUUCAAAAUAACUGAGUUUGACUUUAAUCAUGAAUGUUGUGCCUAGGCAUGGUAGUGCAUUAUACAUUAUUAAAACUCAACUCAAACUACAAGAAAAUAAUCUUCAGUAGUUCAAAGAACCUGCAACCAAUAUGUGCAAGAGGGUACAAACACAGUAAUGAAGGAGUUCUUCCUUGUAAAUAGAUAAAAUAUGGAAUUAUGAAGCAAUUAAAACUGUAAUAAAUAAGUUGUAAAAGUGACUUUAAAGUCAAGUUACGAAGUUAGUCAACAGAUGGCAGUAACAAAUUUACUGUACCUAGCCACUCCAUUUGUGUAUAUACCUGUCAUUAAUUUUAUUCAGCAGUUGUUAUAACUAAUUUGAUUUGUUAAAUUGAUAUUUUCUCAAAGAAGAUUGAAUCAUUACUGUUAUAGCAACUUAGAACUGCUAUUUCAGUUAGUGCUUUAAGGCACUAAAAAUAUUCGUACUAUACUAUUAUUCAUUUUCGAUGAAUUUGUUGAUUGUUGGUUAGUUACCAAAAUAUGUUGUAGUCUGAUAAAAUGAUUAAUUCCUUAAUGAAUUUGCAAUUGAAUAGAAAGGACAAAAAUUAUUACAAAUUUCUAUAUUUUAUGCUUUUAAUAAAUUAAGCAAUUCAGUUAUCAGUUAUGUAUUUUUAAUGUGUAUUAUGUGAAUGUUUUUUUAUUUCUAUUGAAUAUUCAAGAUACCUCAUUGAUUUUGUAAGUAAUAAAUCUAAUUACAAGACUAAAACACAGACAAUACUGAUAUUAAUUAUUACUUAAUAUAUUACCUUAGUUAUAACUUUGCCAACCGUAAUGUUAUAAAUUUCAUGCUUAUAGGUUUUCAUAAAUUAGUUAAUACAGUGAAACCUCUCGGGUGCGACCAUCUCUCCGUAUUCCUGAGUAAAAUGGUCGUUGUUCUUAGAACCUACCUCCAUGAACUCCAAUUGUUAUCGAAGGUGCAUGACUUUUCGCAAACAAUUCUAGUUUAUAGUCAAUGUCAUUUUCUUAGUACAGAAAUGCCACUUUAGUUGGCGGUAUAAAGAGACUGAUCGAUGAAUAAAAUUUGGCGUCUAUAAAAAUUAUCCCAACUGAUAUAAUUAUAUGUAAGAACAAAUUUACCCAUUAUGAAUGAUAAAGCUGUUUUAAAUAAAAAAGCAAUUAUGUUUUUUGAUUAAGUUUGCGUUUAAUUUUAUAUCAUAAAAAUUAAUUUUAAAAGAUGAGAAGAGUUUUUGUUUGAGGUGCUUGUUUUUUUUUUAAAAUAAUUUUUUUUUCUAAUUUAACUUUCAACUGUAAAAGUAAAUCAUCGACACCAACAUCUUUAAAGCACUCUGACUGCAACAAGAGGUUGUAUUCUCAAAAAGUGCUCUCUAAAUUAGAGCAUCAAACAAAUAUUUUGAUUCCAUUUUAAUCUGUUUAUUUGUUUUGAUAUUUUUUGGUGCUUCCUUAUUUAACCUUUUCCGCGUUUGGUGCAGAUGUUUGUCUGGUUGGUGAGAGAGAGGUUUUAAUGGUCUCUCCUAAAGGUUUUUUUCAACAGAAAGUCUAUGCAAGAAAUUCUGUGCCUCUCAAAAGUGGUCGUAAAUAGAGAUGGUCUUUUCUGGAGGUUUCACUGUAGUUUCUUUUUUUAGUGUUCUUUGAAAGAAAAAUUUUUUUAUUAGAUUUUAUUAAUCCUUAUAGCACCUCACUUUCUCUUUUGGUUGUGAAAACUAUUACCAUAUUUUAAUCUAUAAUGUUUUUCUUUGAAUAACUUUAUUUGAUUUGUUGAAUAUUAUUAACCUCUGAAAUACUUUAUUAUCUCUUUUGGGGCCAAAAGCUAUUUUCAUAGUCCACAGUGUUUCAAUAUUUUUUGUUUUUUAAUUUGUAAAAUAAUAACUUUUGAAGCACCUAAUUUUCUAUUUUGGCGAUAAAAUUUAUUUAUUUUUAUGAAAACCUGAAAAGGAACUACUGAUUUUUCAAGCAUUACAUUCUGCAUUUAAAAGUACAUUCUGGUAUUUAAAAGGUAAAAUUUAACUUGUGGUGCUUCAAGACUUAAGGGUGAAUCUAAUAUUUUUAAUAUUCUUUCCUAUUCAGUUUUCUCGUUAUUUAAUUAUAUUGUAUAUUUUAUUUAUAAUGUAUUUAUGCUUGGAUUGAAAAAGACAUUUAGUCAUAGAUUAUAUGUCUUUAAUUUGUAAUUUUUAUUUAUUUUUUUAACAUUCUUCUUUUUUUAAAAUUUUUUUUUUUUAAUUUCUUUGUUAUUUUCUUGUUUCCUUUGUGUAAAUAUUUCAGUUUUUAAUAAAUACUCUUCUUUAAAAUAAUCUUAGAUUCUCUUUGCAGCUAAAUCUGCUAUUAGUUUGAUAUUCUCAUUAAACUGUUGAGUUUGAUGGACUUUCUAAUGUUUUAAUCUAAAUAUAUAAUUCAUAAAAAAAAAAAAGAUUAAAGUAAGGAAUUAUCUAUUAUAAUAUUUUUAUAUUCUUUCACACAUGUAAUUUAUUGCACAGUAACUGAUCUGUCUUUCUAACAAAUGCUGAAUCCUUUCGAUUUGCCAAUGUUGAUUUGUACAUUGUGACAAUUGUUUCCUUUGAAUAUGGCAAAAGCUUUUUUUUUUCAGAACCAUUAGCAUUUCUGUUUAAAAAAAAUUCUGUUAUACUUGCAUACUGUUAAUUAUAAUUUUGUGAUAAAAUUUACUACUCUUAUUUGUAAAUAUUUAUUUUUGUCUGUACGUUUUAGUACAUACAUUUAUGAAUUUCUUGACUGUUUUCUUUUUGAAUUAUCUAAUAUUGCUCUCUCUAUAAAUUUAUAAAUUUAAAGUUUUAGUUACAUUAUGAUGAACUAUUUUUUUUAUUUAUACUUAAAGACAUUUUAUUGAACUUGCUUUUUUAUUGACAUCAUUGAAAUUGCUUUUACGCAUUUGGUUUUCAAAUUUAUAUUUUUUGUUCUGUUAGAAAUACUAAUUAGAAGUGUUAAAAAAUGAAUGGUUUAUGGAAAUAAUGUUAAUAGAGAAAAUGCUUAUAAUACUUUCAUGUAGUUUAGAACUGUUUCUACCUAUUGGUUUUACAAAAAAAAAAAAAAAUAUUUAGUAAAUGCACAGUAAUUGGACUGUGCAGUUUAACUCCAAUAAUUUACCCAUUUAUCAUUGCUGCAUAAGAUAAAAAUGCCAGAUUCAAUGCAUAUAUUUAGUUUUCUAUGCUCAGAAGAGAUUUAUAAAUAAAAUUAUUUUCAAUAUUUGAAAUAUUUUUUUUCCUCUUUGUUUAAUCAGUUUAAGAUAAAAUCUCUCGCAAAGAAUAUUUCAAAAACUAUUUUCAUUAUAUAGUGUUUCCUUUCCUUUCUUUUUGUUUAUUUUGCUUAGCUGUUACAUGACUUUUUAUUUAUAAAAGAAGUUUUAUAUAUUGAUACUUUAGUAUAAAUUAACAUUUUAUCAAAAUGUUUAUAGUCUACUAAACCGAUUCUAUUGACUAUGUUUUACACAUUCAUCAAAAUAUUUAACUGUUUAUAUCGUAAUUUGACCAUUUUUUAUAACAUUAUACAUAUUUAUUAUAAACAAUCAGAAUCUGUAGUUUUCAAAAGAAUAGUAAUAUUUAAUGUAAACAACAUAGUAUUAUUUAUUGUUGAACAUGUAUACUAUGUAAGAGAAUUCUCUUUAUUAUGUAAUAGUCUGUUGAUUAUUUUUAAUUUUAAACAAUUGCUGUGCAAAAAUUUAUUCAAAAUGGACAAAUUCAAAAGUGUGAUGCAUGUUAAGUGUAUUAUCCAUUUGUCAAAAUAACUCUUUGAAACACUUAACAUUUAAAUAACAAUUCAUACUUUUUCAUAUUAUGCAUUUUCUAAAAUGUUCUACGUAAAAGAAAUUAAAAUUUGAAUUGCUCAAAAAAAUUUUCUAGGGGAGUCUUAGUAAAAUUGUCUAAAAUAUUAUUAAGCAAAGAUAUUAGUUAUUAUAAAACAUAGCAUUUAUUUGCAUUGAGUUGAAUGCACAAAAAUUAUUGUUAUAAAUAUAUUUUUAUUUAAUUUGCAACUAGUCUUCACCCAUCUCAAAGUUUUUUCUUUUUGAGUGUAGACAAGGGCUAUUGCGAAAAAUCUCCUCUUUAGAUUACUUUCUUUCUUUUUUUAUAUACAUUUUUUGUUGAAUAUGUUUUACAGUUAUAAUCUCUCUCCAUAGCUGCCAACAGUUAUAAUCUAAUUUCCAUAGCUGCCAACUCUACAGGAUUUUCCAGUAGACUACUGGAUUUUGCCAGUUUUUUUCUAUUUUGGUGACUAUAAAAAUGUCUUAAAUUCCUUACGUGUAAAAUAUUUAGCACAUUUUGCAGCAAUCAUCAUGAAAUUUAUAUUAUUUUAUAAAAUCUACUGGAUUUUUUCUUAUCCACGUUGACAGCUAUUUAUUUCUUAUGGUGCCAGGCACAGUUAAUAAAUAACAAUUCAGAAGCCAUUAAGCCAAAACUAUGGAAUUUUUAAAAAAAAACUGGAGACAGGCUUGAAAUAAAAUGGCUGGUGAGAUGAAAAUAAUCUGCAUUUUUUUCUUUCCUUUGUUCAUUAAAAGGCAGUAGUUGUUGUUAGAGCAAUAAUAAAAGAAUUGUAUUGGAACAUUCAUUUCAUUUCUCAAAAUUUAGAGUGAUGUGACAUUCAGGUGCGCAGAAAAAAUUCUCAGAACAUAAUAUUUGCCACUCUUUCAGUCCUGAGGACUGAAAUCAGUUGAGAAAAGAGCAGUUUAAUAAUUUUCUGUCCUCCAUUAAAUAUUUAUUUUCAAAUUUAACUUUUUCUUUAAAAAGUGUAAUAAUUAUUUGAUGUUAAAAUAAGUAAAUAAAUUAUUACUACUUAUAAAAACAAUGUUUUUCAUAAUGAUUAAGUAAUGAUGCCGCACCACAUGGAAAGACUGGGAAUGACUUUCAACAUCUGCCUGUCUAAACAAAAUAUUGUUAAAUCUAUAUUUGCUUGAAUUUGCAAUGAAGACCUCAAACAAGAUGUGACAUCCUUGUCAAAAUCUUUUGCAAUAGAAGAUGACAUCGGAAUUUUUUUUAAAAAAUGAUUCGAUGUUACUAAUGCACCUUGGCAAGUAUGUUGGGGGGGGAUUGUCUGGUUUUGUAAAUAAAGUGUGCUGCAUUGUUUCAUAUUUGGCUGGUCAUACCAAAAUCUUCUUUACUUUCAGGAUCAAAAAAAUAGAAUUGUGUUUUGAAUUAACAAAAAAUUUUUUUUUCUUACUUGCCCUUCUGUAGCCCUGAUGUAAGCCAAAAAAUACUCUGCUUCAUGUAAUUUUAGUUCGAUAUAUACAGUAUCACUAGCAGUAAAAUAGCUUGGGCCCUCGUUGGACCAAUAUUCACAGAUCUUGGCUCAAUAAGGGUUGAAAGAGCCGUUAUUUCCCGAUAUCGGCCCUCCAUAAAAUUGUCGCAGUCACCCGAUAUUUUAUAUUCGUUUUUCAGCUUAUAUUGGCCCCAUAAAAGCCAAUAUUGGUUCCUCGGUGUAUGUUCAUAAAGGACCCGUAUUGAUUCAAUUUUUAGCCCAACUUGGCGCCAAGGUAAAAUUAUUGCUAGGAAUGUCACAAGAAAUAAUGGUGACAACUGUAUGGGGUGUUAAAACUUGUAAAACAACUUUUAAUCAUGCAUUGUGGGGGUCAGAAAGCAAAGGACGAGUUACGAGAAAGUGGAGGUUUGAAUACCUAUGAAGAGGAAUAAUAAAGGACAAAAAAAAUCUUUUGUACUGAAAACUUAAUAACAACAAAUGUUCAAUCAAGCAGUCAAUAUAUCUGUGAGAUAUUGGAAUAUUCUCUGCAUUUCACUAAUGAAACUCUAAUUUAAGUGACAAUGAUCACUACUGAUUCAAUGAGUAAACGAUGCUCUUUGUCCUGGUGUAGUGUGAAAAAAAAAAUUGGGGUCGCAUGAUUUUUUUUUUUUUACAGAAGAAUUACGUAUGUCUAUAACAUUUGAUCUGAAAACUAAAAAUUUCACAACAAUUAGUAGUUUUUGACUACUGCUGUGAAACUGACUUUUACCAUUAAAUAAAAAUUCUUUAAACAUUAUUACAGUUAAUGAAAAAUUUUUAUGAAAAAAAUUAUGUUGUGGAUAAAUUGAACUAAGUAACUAUUAACUACGAUAAUAUAUUAGUAAUAAUGCUUAAAUUUUGCUUCAUUCUAAUUGUUGAGUUCAAAUUGUAACUGUUUCAAAAACUUUAAAAAAAAUUAAUACCAUGAAAGUGAUAACCAUAAAUUAUUUUGUUAAAUUAUAUAAAAAAUAUGCAAAAUUUUAAAUUUGCUUUCUUAAUAUUUUUUCUUUUAAAUUAUCGUUGCUAUUUUGAAAUGUAAAAAGAGAAGUAACUUCAAAAACUUCUGAAGUUUAGGAAAAUUAUUGUGGGGACGUGCCAUCCUGUGCCCCUCUGAUGCUACACCUAUGUCUAGAAAACAAAAACCGAACUAACUGUUAGAAAAAAAGAAAUCUUGAAAAGAAAAAAAUCCAUGCUCAGUUCUGAAGAAAUGUAGCUUGAAAGAAAAUGUUCUUUGUUUUAUGACUCCACUUUGUAAGAAGAUUUUACUGUGGAAAGCUUAUGUUUGUAACCAUUCGUUUAGUCACGCUCUGUGUUAUUCCCUUAAUGACUCCCCUUAGGUCUUUUGUGAUACUCUCACAUACUAAUGGUGCUAUUCAUUCUUUUCUUUUUUUUUUAUUCUCUCUCUCUCUAAUUAUGCACUUGUGAAUGGUUGUGUAUUUAAAAAUUAAAUAGUAUUUCAUUCCUUUUAAUCUAUCUCAAUGUAUGCAAACUUUUCUUAAUUGGAUGAAGGUAUUUUGACCAAGUACAUUGCUUAUUUCGAUAGAUCUCUCUGUAACAUGGAGUCAGUGGGGGCACUUUUCCAAUCUUGCUCAACAGCAGUCUUUUCAUACAAUCUGGUUUCAAUCAUAGUUUCCACCUGACCCCAUUAUUCUUUAUUUGGUAAGAAAAAAAGAUUUAAAAUAAUUCAAUCUGAAAAAACUUUACUUGACAAACAAUAAUGCUUGAUUGGGGAUCAUUUUCAGAAACUGGUACCAUUGCUACCUCACCAACUGGUCUACCUAACUUACACCAAUCAGACUCUCAAUUUCAUUUCAAAGAUAAGGUUACUAUCAAAAAUGCAGUGUUCAUAUUGGCAUUUAAUGUUUUCCAUUACAAAUAAGAGUUCUACUGAUUAAAUCAAUUGAAUUUUUACAACUCUUUAUGUACGACAACAGUUUGAGCAAUUUGGUGCAUGCUGUGCUAGCUCCAUAUUACAAAACUUGCUCAUUUUUGUAUGAUUUAUUGUUUUUUUUUAAUGUUUUACUAUUAGUUUACAGGAUAUUUGUGUGUAUAUGGUAUCAUAAUUUAAAAUAUAAAAAAGGUAUUAAGUACGUUAGUCUUGUAUUUUGCUACGAUAACUGAUCCUGAAAUAUUUACUGAAUUUUUUUUAUUUUAUUUAAUUGUAAUUGAAGACCCAGGAGGAAGAACGUUUUUGCGAGCAGAAAGAAAGGUUUUUUUCUACAAUGUGGCCAUCUUCGCUGUGAAAUGGAUGGUUCAGCUUUUAAAAGGAACCGAUUUUACCAGUUACUGAUUUGUCCAAACUUAGUGUCAAUCCAAUCAUCAUAAACGCAGAGCUAUAAGCAGAGAGCUCGCCGCACUUAACUAUACUCAAUACCCAAUCAUAUUUAUGUGAAAAAUGGACACAAACAGUUCUUCUCCCUUGGUCUUCAAUUAUUUUUUUAUACUUAAUUUAUAAGUGGUUGCAAUUUUACUCUUCAUUGAAUUCAUAGUUUCCUCUGCUACCUUUCUGCGCUGUUUUUAUCACUUCAAUCCAAUUUAUGGAUUGAUUGCUUCUUCCUGUUGUGAAUUAAUGUAUGUAAAGUGGGUGGACUUCCCAGAGCUCUUCCUCAAUGAAUGUUAACUAUUAUCAUUUUUGAAGUAAAAGAAUGAAAGAUUAUAUAUAUUAUUUCAAGUAAGGAAGAAGACACCCGAUUUACAGAUGGAAUGUGUGUGUGAAUUGGAUAAAUGUUUUGUUCACGAUGCUCAAACUUAAGAAAUGUACAGGAACAUCUCAUUCAUCACACCAAUAAAUAUUUUAUAAUUCGU